UACAACAUCAGAUCUUCCUCAUCGAAUUAUGUAUACUUUACUGAUUCUGCAGGUUUUAUGUGUGGCUGUUUCCAAUGCCUUUCUCGUGUCCGCUUCCGGUUGCAUGGUGCCGCCCCCGUCCUCCAAUUUCACCAACGCACGUUAUUAUGGACUUUGGUACGAGGUAGGCAAGAUCCAGACAGCAGGGGGCGGAUUCUUUGAGAAGGACUGUGUGUGUACCACCAUAGGAAUUCAACCCAAAACUGGGGCCACAAAUGGGGACGCAAGCGCAGUCAACAGCUGCCGAAAACUGUCACCGACUGGAGACUUCCUCAACGCCACAGGUGCUCUGACAGGUGAAGUUGUUCCGGGACAUUGGAAGGAAGGUUUUUUCUUCCUUGCACCCAAGGCGGAUUAUACGAUUAUAUACCUAGACGAAAAUUACGCCAUUGAGUAUGACUGCACUUCCGCUUUCUUCAUGACAAAUUACUGCGUCCAUCUGUUGUCAAGGAAACCCACGGCCGACGCAGCUGCAGUGACAAUGCUACUCGACUUUGCCAAUUCUCUAAAACUUAACACAGACCAUCUUAACUACCAGCCUACCAUGCAAAAUGGCUGCUGGUGAUUAGUUAAUUGUCUUAUUCAAAUGUUGUCAGAUCUCGCAUUUGUUACAAUCUGUUACAAAUAUUUCAACUUGGAUUAAUGUCGAUUUAUACGCAGUAUUGUACUUCUUGAGGUUUAAAAGAAGUUACGUUUAAUUUCAUGUUUCGUAUAAGUUCUAAACUUUCAACAAAUACCACAUGUGUGCAAAUUUUAAAAUUCUGUACUUAAACAUGAAAACAUCGGUUCAGGCUUAUACAUGUACAUGUAGUAUGUAGAUUUAUGCAUUCGAUCCAUUGUCACAUUUCUUGUUAACUAUGCAGCUCAUUUGAUGAGCGUGAAAGAUAAAGUAUAGUUUUGUUCAUUGACUGUACUCAUCGAAAAGGUAAAAUACGAUUACCCUUGGAUUUAGAAAUAUGCACGUGCUAAACCAUACAGAGACAAUACGUCACUGCUUCGCUCACAAUUGCUAUUGCUAAAACACAAUGAAAUUGCUUUGUUGUAUUGUUUUGUUUGUUAUGGUAUGUAUCCGUUAUUUCAUACAUUUCAACAAGAAAUGCAUUUGAAUAAUGCGUAAGAACAGAUAUAUUUAAGAAAAAACAAAAUGUUCUAUUGUUUAUUUAAUUGUUGGCACAUACAAUGUGUAUAUCGGGUUUCUAAAUGGUAUAUAAUAAAACGUUUUA